AUGAUACCUACAGACCAAAGAACAUUCAUUGAAGCCCUUGAAAAGGUAGGGAAUAAGGAUAAUAAGUCCAACUUGCCUGAGUUCACUAGUAAAAUGAACCCUGAAGAGGUUGUGGAAUGGUUAGAAGCCCCAGAGAGCCAUUUUGAAUGCAAUGAGGUUGUAGAAAACCAGAAGAUUGGGGAAUACAGAGAUAAAGUAUUGUGUGAUGUACCAGAGAUGGAUUCUUGCCAUUUUCUCUUAGGGAGACCUUGGAAAUAUGAUGUAAAUUCCCAACAUGAUGGCAAAAAGAACAUCUACAUUGUGACUAAGGAUGGUGUGAGCUACACCAGGACUCCACUCCCUGAUGACAACAAAGACAAACGUUUGGUAGCUAGUGUCAUGUUAGUGAAUGAGAAGGAUCUUAUGAAGACCCUCAAGGAGGAGAAUGCCCCAUGCUUUGCAAUAGUAGUGAAGCCUAAAGGAGUGAUGAAGGAGAAGCCAACAAACAAGGUAAAGGAAAGGAGUGUAGGUCCCAAGGAAGUACAUGAAUUUUUGAGCAAGUACCAGGGUAUAGUUGCAGGAAGAACACUAGAUACAUUGCCACCUCAUAAGGAUGUUAGCCAUUGUAUUGACCUCAUUCCUGGGUCCACAUUGCCCAAUAAGGUUGUCUACAAGAUGACCCCAGAGCAGAAUGAGGAGGUUGUAAGACAUGUCUAA